AUGGCCGUCCUGAAGUUCCUGUCGGUGGCGGCCGCCGCCAUUUUGUUCUCAGAGAUCAACUGGGCAUAUGGUACUGAAGAAAAUAAUGAGCAAUCUCCCCCAAUUCCUGACAAUGAAGAUGAUUCUGGUCAUGAAGAAGAUGGAUCUACUUCAGGACCUGGGGAUGUUGGAACUGGUACUGCCACUAAUAAGGCCGUGAGAGCAGAGUGCUGGGAACAAAUGAACGCGGCCCGCAACCAUGUCGGCUUCGCUGAACUCACCCAAGAAAAUAUAUUCAAAAUUAAUGAAAAUGACUGGACCCGCUCUGUCAACACGCUCGAGAAUUACCUGAGCACAGUCUGCAAAGGCAUCAAAACUGACAAACUGCCUGACGAGUUGACCCCAAUCGAGGGCACCGUCGCCUACGCAGUUCAAGAAGGGGAACAGGCUGAUUGCCAGGCUGCCGUGGACUACUGGAAGGAAGCCCUCACAAACUUCAACGGGGAGGUGCCACCAGCAUAUGGAGCAAACGCUGCACCUUACGACAACACCCAAAAUGUCUCCUUCAUUUCACUGUUCAAUCCACAAGCAAAUCCUAAGGUUGACUGCGCGUACUUCGUCUGCCCUGCAUCAACACAGAACGCCAAGGAACAGCAGGGAAACACUAAUACCGACAAGAGCAUGAAUGCGUUGAUUUGCGUUACUUCGCCCAGCGCCUUGACAAAUAGCCAAGAACCCUUUACGAAAGAGCAGUGGAACAAAAUUACUGCGGCUCUCAACUCCAGUAGUGCCGCAUCAGCAGCACCAGCGGCUCUUGCCCUUGCUGCCGCUGCAUUUGCCGCAGUUUUCCUCUGA